AUGGAGCAAUCGGCAGCUGCACCUCCCCGGCAAGCCGCUGCGGCAGAGGCGGCAGCGGCAAAGAAGAAGCCGACGACGCUCCUCGACGCGUACGAGGUGGAGUGCAUCCGGCGGGAGCUGCAGCGGCUCGUCCUGAAGCACAACCAGAGCGCCGCCGGGGGCGACACCGGCACCGCGCCGGGCGCGCACGCGCACGGCCACCGCCACAACAACGUCGGCGGCCACCUCCACCACCAUCGCGUGAGCAGCGCGAAGAAGGCGACGAGCGCCAACAGAGUCAGCCCGUCGCCAUCGCCGUCGCUAACGCCGCCGCCGCCGCCGCCGGGGCCCAAGAAGGACCGCCGCCACGGGGUGCGGCUGCUGGGGCGGCACGCCGUCGCGAUCUGCGGCGGCACCGUGCGCUUGGCCGCCGCCGCUCCCGUAAGCGGCAGAGGGCGGCGCGCCAUGUUGAUAUGCAGCGGCACCACCACCGCGCCCGUGGGCUGCGUUGCCGUGGGCGUCGACGGCAGGAGGCGGCCGCGCGGGGGCUACCGGGAGGUGGAAAAGGUGUAG